AUGGAGAAGAAGGAAUUUAUAGAAAGUUCCAGUGAUGGAAACCUUGGUUCAUCCACUCUCAGUGAAAAGGUGAGGGAAGAUUACAUCCAGGGCUACAAAGACGAAGCCAUGGAGGAAAUCCGCAUGAAUCUCAAAAUGUGAACAGAAUAUCAGGAAUUUCAGCAGGAUAAAAAGAGUGAAAUCAAAUUAGACAAGAACUAUUAUACAAUGUUUGGAUUUAGUGACAGUAAAGAACAGAAAACAAAGUCAACAAAGCACAGAAACCGAUUAAGCAUCGAAAAACAGAAAAAGAAAUAAAGCUCAUAAAAAUAAAAGAAAAUAAGUUUAAGAAGAGAGUGCAAAAUAAAGACAAGGGCUUUAAAAAAUAUCUUUCUGCGUCCUAUUCCUUAAAAUCGUUCGGGAAGUUUAGAAAGCCAAAGUUAUCGAAAUAUCAUUCUGUCUUUGAAUUCAACGCAAAUAUUGAUGAGAGAUCAGCCCAAAGUUCAGUUCGGAAAAAGAUAAAGAAGGAUAAGAGUACUAUUAAGGAAAGUUUAGACUCUCACCCUACCAAAAUGAAGAAGCCUACGAAUCUAUGAUUUGACUAUGUUGCUAAUGAAUCCCCUGUUCUUAGCGUUUUGAGCAUUCCAUUAAUAACAAAUGAAAGUGCUUCAAAAUAAAAUUUUUACAAAGAAAAGUAAUUCAGUAAUCGAAGAUUUAGACAGCUUAAUGCCUAAAAAGAGGAUUAAAUACCCAGCUCUUCCUCAAAAGCUCCCUCUAAGAUGUGAAAGUCCAUGCCCCAAACGGAGGCUUUCCAGCAGAUCUAACUACAAAUCCAGAUAUAGUCUAUACGGAAGAGAAAGCUCAGCAUCUAAUUUCAAGACUGAAAGAAGCUAUAAACUAAAUUCCAAAAGAAAAUCCUUCGCUAAAUCCCCUGCUCUUUGCGCUUCCGUCCACAAGUCCAAAAAUACCCGACCAAACAGCACGUCCAAACUCUCAAUGAAAACUACAAUCUCCUCUAUAACCUCUACAAAUUUACAAUCAACGACUAUAUCUUGAAGGAAACAUAAAGAAUUUAAGAAAAUCAUUUUUAGUAUGAAGAAGUCUGUGAAGAAGAGUAAGGAUUUUAAUAAGAAGAAAAUGGCUAAGCAGAUCCAGAUUGUUCUCUCAGACUAACCCACACCUCACUUACUCUCUAUCCUAGUCC